AUGGGCGACAGGAACACAAUCAAAGUGGUGGCGCGGUUCCGUCCGCAGAACAAGAUCGAGAUAGCCAGCGGCGGAGAGCCCAUCGUUGAAUUCAAAAACGAUGACACAUGUACGAUCCAGUCGAAAGAGGCCUCUGGUGCCUUCACUUUCGAUCGUGUCUUCGACAUGAACUCCAAGCAGGCCGACGUCUUCGAUUACUCUAUUCGCCCCACCGUCGACGAUAUCCUGAACGGAUACAAUGGAACAGUCUUUGCUUACGGCCAGACUGGAGCGGGAAAGUCGUAUACAAUGAUGGGUAGCGACAUGGACGACGAGGUCGGAAAGGGUGUCAUCCCACGUAUCAUCCAGCAGAUCUUCGCAAGCAUCUUGGCCUCACCGAGCAACAUCGAAUACACCGUCCGCGUCAGCUACAUGGAGAUCUACAUGGAGCGCAUUCGAGAUCUCUUGGUCCCACAAAACGAUAACCUGCCCGUGCACGAAGAGAAGAACAGAGGAGUCUACGUCAAGGGCCUCUUGGAGGUGUACGUAUCGAGCGAGGAUGAAGUCUACGAGGUUCUCAGAAGGGGUGGGUCGGCACGAGCCGUCUCAGCAACCAACAUGAACGCCGAAUCCUCACGAUCGCAUUCCAUCUUUGUCAUAACAGUAAACCAAAAGAACGUCGAGACGGGCUCAUUGAAGAGCGGGCAGCUCUUCUUGGUUGAUUUGGCCGGUUCUGAGAAGGUUGGCAAGACCGGAGCGAGCGGGCAGACCUUGGAGGAAGCAAAGAAGAUCAACAAGAGUUUGAGUGCCUUGGGUAUGGUCAUCAACUGUUUGACCGACAGCAAAACACAGCAUAUUCCCUACCGAGACUCGAAGCUUACACGUAUCCUUCAAGAAUCACUUGGUGGUAACUCUCGGACAACUCUCAUUAUCAAUUGUUCGCCAAGUAGCUACAACGAUAUCGAAACCCUGGGUACACUUCGAUUCGGUAUGCGAGCCAAAACCAUCAAGAACAAGGCCAAGGUCAACGCUGAGCUCAGUCCCGCCGAACUCAAGGCUAUGCUCAAGAAGGUGCAAGGCCAGAUGACGACGUUUGAAAGCUAUAUUGGUACGCUCGAAGGCGAAGUGACGCUCUGGCGUCAAGGAGAGACUGUUCCCAAGGAGAAGUGGGUUCCCCCUCUAGAGGUUGCUCCAUCAUCAGGCAAGAAAUCAGCAGCAGCACCGCGUCCAGGAACGCCAUCAAGACUGGAAGCAACAAGAAACUCGGAGACUCCAACGCCACGACCAGACUCGCGAAUGGACCUAGACCGCGCAGGCACACCAAGCAUACCUCUGGACAAGGACGAGAAGGACGAUUUCUUGCGAAGGGAAAACGAGCUGCAGGAUCAAGUUGCAGAAAAAGAAUCACAGCUUGCCAAAGCUGAAGACCAGCUCAAAUCUGCCAAAGAAGAGCUUCAGUACUACAAGGAACGGGACGCGAAGACAAACAAGGAGAACGAACGAAUGACUAUGGAGAUCAACGAGAUGCGAAUGCAGGUUGAGAAGAUUCAGUUCGAAAGCAAGGAGCAACAAAUCACCAUGGACGGAUUGAAGGAGGCCAAUUCUGAACUCACCUCCGAGCUGGACGAGGUCAAGCAACAACUCCUGGAUGCUAAGAUGAACGCCAAGGAGACGUCUGCUGCUAUGGAUGAGAAGAAGAGGAAGAAGGCUGAAGCCAUGGCGCAGAUGAUGGCUGGCUUCGACCUCGGCGGUGAGGUCUUCAGCGAUAACGAGCGAACGAUACGAAAGAUCAUUGAGCAGCUAGAUCAACUCCAUGAUAUGAGCUCAUCUGGCGAAGCGAUCGCUCCUGAUGCGAUCAAGGAUAUACGAGAGAAGAUUGCUGAAACGCAAGGCAUUGUACGACAAGCCGAGCUCUCUCUUACUGCACGCAGUGAGGAGGACAGCACAUAUGCCAAGCGCCGCGAAGCACUCGAGGCACGCUGCGAGACCCUGCAAAGUCAAUACGAGGAACUCCUUGAAGGCAACCUCUCAGAGCAAGACAAGGAGGAGCUCAAGGCACGACUUGCCGAUGCCUACUCUGCCCGACAAGAAGGCAACCUCGAGCUAGUAGAGAGCCUCAAGCAGGAUACUGCACGCAUGUUAGAAGAGAACCAGAAGCUCAAGACCGAGAACGAAAGCCUGCAACAGCGCAUCAAGAGUGGCGCCAUUGCCAACGGUGUCGCAAACGGCAUCAACGGCAAGACUGUACAACAGCAAAUCGCCGAGUUCGACAACAUGAAGAAAAGCCUCAUGCGCGACCUCCAGAACCGGUGUGAACGAGUUGUCGAGCUUGAAAUCUCCCUAGACGAGACGCGUGAGCAAUACAACAACGUGCUCCGUACAUCCAACAACCGCGCGCAGCAGAAGAAGAUGAUGUUCCUAGAAAGAAAUCUCGAGCAGCUUACGGUUGUUCAGAGACAGCUUGUGGAGCAGAAUAGCAGCUUGAAGAAGGAGGUUGCUAUUGCUGAGCGUAAACUCAUGGCGAGGAACGAGAGAAUACAGAGUCUGGAAUCUUUGCUACAAGACUCGCAGGAGAAGCUCACGGCAGCCAAUCACCGAUUCGAAGCCCAACUCACAGCCGUAAAAGAGCGUCUCGAGUCUGCCAAAGCCGGUUCUACACGCGGUCUCGGCUCCCCCGCUGGCGGCGCCAGUUACGCUGGUUUCGGCGGCGUCGGCAGUCGUAUUGCUAAGCCUCUUCGUGGCGGAGGUGGCGGACCUGUGGCUGAUGGGCCUGUUCUUCCUGUUAUUGGUAAUCUGCAGAAGCAGGACGGUGACGGAGUGGAGGCUAACAAGGGAAAGAGGACGAGUUGGUUUUUCAACCAGCGGUAG